CUGGCACUGGUAUAGACCCAGUUGCCAAUCGGGAUCAAGCAUUUGGUAUUCUUAGAGGAUGUCUAUAUGGGCGAGCAUUAGAAUGGCUGGUAUGGAGAUGCACUAUGGCACAGAUGAAUACUAGUAAUAGCUUUAGAAAUCCUUCCAUUGCCCAUAACUAUGCAAAUAUUGCUGGUAAUAGUGCAGUAACC